GGACCAAUCACCAUCCCGCGUGACGACAAUGAAGUCCAUACCGCUGCUGCUGCUGCUGCUGAUCACCACGAUCUCUCUGACGAUCCUGGCGGUUGAUUCCGUAGCCUCACUCACCGUGCAUCCGACCAAGGGUCGUGUGGUUGGUGGAGAGCUUGCCACAGCCGGCCAGUUCCCGUACGCCGUCGGUUUGAUAACACACUCGACGUCCAUCUUUACGGGUCGCUGUGCCGGAUCGCUGGUAUCGGCCAACUACGUCCUAACGGCGGCUAGCUGUGUCCAAAGUGCAACAUCGGCCUUUGCCUACCUUGGAGGACUUCGGGUUGACGAUGCGCCGGAAACGGGCCGUGAACGGUUGCUAAUCGAGCGGUUCAUUCUGCACUCGAGCUUCGUGGAGGAUGGUGAAAAUUAUGACGUGGCACUUGGUCAGCUACCACGCAGUGUCACCUUUACGGAUCGCAUUCGUCCGAUUCGUUUGCCGAACUUGCGCCAGGUACAGGCUACCUUCGCCGGCCAACAGGGUACGGUGUUCGGUUGGGGACGGUUCGGGUCGGGGAUUAGUAAUUCGGCCGAGUUGCGCUUUGGGCGUGCCGAGGUACUGACGAAUCUGGCCUGCCGGUUGAACCUACCGACCAACACCAUUCUGGAUGCGCACAUGUGUACGGAUGGAGCGGUAAGCUCACCGUGCGCAGGGGAUAAUGGAGCACCACUGACGAUCGUCGAUGCGGAUGGUGUCACUACGCAGAUCGGAGUCUUUUCCUUUAACUCCGUGCUUGGCUGUGAGUCAGGCAGGGCUGCGGUUUACACUCGCCUUUCGGCGUAUCUGGAGUGGAUUGGAGCGAAUUCGGAUGUUGAGAUACGGGAUAACUAUUGA